AUGGUUGUUUCUCAACGUCUGACUAUUGAUGCUUCUACUUUCUCUGAUCCUACUCUUUAUAGAUCUCUUGUUGGUGCUCUUCAGUACUUGACGAUUACGCAUCCAGAUAUUGCCUAUGCUGUAAAUUCUGUCAGUCAAUUUUUGCAUGUCUCUACUGCAGAUCAAUUUCUUGCUGUCAAACAUAUUUUUCGCUUUGUCAAAGGAACACUUCACUUUUGUCUUACCUUUCGUCCAUCCACUGUUCCUAGUGCGCUAGUGGCUUUUUCGGAUGUCGAUUGGGUUGGUUGUCCCGAUACUAUUCGUUCUACAUCUGGCUAUUCUAUUAUCUUGGUAACAAUCUCGUUUCUUAGAGUGCCAAAAAGAAACCUACUGUCUCAUGCUCUAACUGUGAAUCUGAGUAUUGUGCUCUUGCCACAACUGCUGCUGAACAUCUUUUAG